UUCGCCAUAGUAGGACGCGGAGGCGGAACUUCCGGGUGAUGUAAAGUUGUCAACAGUUUCGCAGGAGGAGAAUUAAUCUGUAAAUUUGAGUUGGUUAGUGUCGCUUUAAAGAAGAUCCAGUCCGAAGCUGCGCGAGAGCAGCGAAGCCGCCGCGUUUCUGCGGAUUUGUAGAUUGUCGGGUGAAUCUGAUGCGAACUGAUGGAGAAUAAACAAACUUCUCGGGUGUGGAUGAUCAGUCUCAAUCAGUCUCCGGGAAUCUAACGGGAUUUUAAUGUUUGUUUUUAUUAUAACGGAAUAUUCUCUCUCCUCCAGGGGUUUUAGCAGCAUGUGAACUAAGUCUUUAAUGUGUUAAAGUUCUCAAAAUCCGCGACUGUGUGCAGCUUGACUCUUUAAAGUGAUUGCAGGCUCGCUUUAAGAGCUGAUUCAGAUUUCUGGGGGCUCGGGUUCGGUCUGAUUGUGUUUGUUCUUCGCGACUGAACUGCUCUGAUUCCUGUCCUCUGUUGAGCUGAUGCGGGUUAGUUUGCUGUAAGUAAUGUCAGGGUUCAGUGGUGUUGUGCAAUGCUUCUGUAUGCGGGUAUUCGCUUGAGGCGAGAGAGGAGCCGCUGAGCGUGCGUCAGAUCUGACUCCGGAUUGAAUUCGAAUUAACCCGUGCGUUCCAGAACCGUAUUAACCGUAGUUCGAUUAUAUGCGAGUUUCGUCAUUAGUAUUAAAAACCUGAAAUCAAAUAUGCAACAGAGCUUAGAGUUGAUUCAAAGUUUUACUUUUGAGCUUUUACACUUAAUUUGAGGGUUAAAGCACGAUUAUUUCUAGCUUGAAUCAAAUGUGGUCAGAGUUAAUUAAUAAAGUUAAUUAACGUUUUUAGCUUUUGCACAAAAAUUGCUGAACCUUUCCACUCGCUACAGUUUUAAUUUGAAGUUAAAUGCAUGAUUGGUUUUAAUUCGAAUCAAACGGGCAAUACACGUUUUACUCUGUACCUGUUUUUAGCUUUUGCACAAAACUGCUGAACUUUUUCUCCUGCUGUAGUUUUAAUCUGAGGUUAAAAGCGUGCUCAUUUUUUUGCAGCCAAAACUGUAACAUUUACAGUUUAAGUCUAUUUGAGUUGUUUGAGUUUCUUGCUCUAGUUUUAAUUGAAGUUAUUCACUUUUAAUUUGAACCAAAUGAGCAGUCAGGACCGUAACUCCCGGCAUUGAGAUUGAGUCUGACUCUUUGCAGGUUCUGCUUCUUAAGUUUCUCGCCGCCGUUUGGGUUUUUCACAUGCAGAUCACCAUCGACGGAAACAGAACUUCUUGUUUUUGUAGUUACCAAACUUGUCCUGCAGACCUCAAAUGAUGUCCUGACAUGUUCAGGCCUUGAGCUGCAGCAAGAAACCAUGUAAAACGCCCGAAUUAUGCUGUCUGUUUUCUUACCAUCUCUCGGUAAGGCUGUUUGAUCUUGAGAGAAUCAGAUCUGUGCGUGCAUGGCGAUCAGGAGUCUCUGUAUUGUGUCCUGAGCUGUGAACGCACAUACUGCACGACUGCCAGAGGAAACAGCCAUCAGAGCCGAGCCUUGCGCAACCGCUGGGCAAAGAAACUGCUCUUGUUACUGUACUGGCUGCAGUUACACUCGGAACAGUCGCAGAGAGCAGAAGGACAGAGCCAAGUGCAAUGGAAUAAAUUUGUUUAAGUUUUCGGUUUUGACAGAUUUUUACCUGCGAGUUCACCUGAGGACAAAGAAUAUGAUUUAUCUAAUCCAGACUGACCCUAGAGACUGAGUGUCUCGCUUUCAAAUGGUUAGGACGGUCGUUUCUUAAAGCUUUUUGCUGUUUGGUUUCUCCUGCAAAAUAAUGAGCAACAAAGAGCGAGUUUGGAGCGCUUAACGUCACACCGCUUGGUCCAGAAUGAGUGGCGGAAGGAAACGGAGCGGUUUUCAAAUCACCAGCGUCACGUCGGACUACAAUCAGGGUUCUGGAGAAAACCAUUCGCCGGAGCUCCUCAGCCCUGGAACUCAAAGAGCCACGCCCCCUUCUGCCAGAACCCCCGCCCAUGGGAGGAGCCCCAGAAGCCAGACUGCAUCGCCCACUCAAAUCCUAUCCAAUGGGCUGUCUCUGCGCCAUAACCCCGCCUUCCAGACACAACAGAGCUCCAGUCAGCCGACCACGCCCAUCACGUCUAGGAAGCAGAGUUCGCUAGACGGGGCGUCGCGUUUCCGCGUCGUGCGUUUGGAUCAAGGACCGGGCGAGCCGUAUAAACGCGGCCGGUGGACAUGCGUGGAUGUGAUGGAGAGGGAAAUCGAGGAGCGUGGGCUCCGCCGGGUGAUUGACACCAUGAGACACGCCCACUCGCUGGAGUCCUUAGAGACGGUCGGGCUGGGCGGAGCCGAAGGAGCAGUGGGCGGAGCCAGACUUAAACCAUUGAGCGUGCAGGUAGAUCACAUGGUACACUCGCAGGGCACCACCCACCUGCUGACCCAAUGCUGGACAGACUCCGCCCACAGCGGCCCGCCCUCGCCCACACACGACACGCAGCCAAUCAGGUCGCCGAUCACGCCCCGGAUGCGCAACAUACCCGCCCCACUGCGACUCGACAUGGAUGCUGUCGGCAGGCUCCGGACCACCCGCUCGCAGCCGGCGUCGCCCGGACCUCACCCGGGUCGGGACAGUCCCUUCUAUCCGGCGCUGACCCCCAUCCAGACGCCGUCCGCCCUCGCGCUGGCACAGUCCAUGUUCGGCAUGAGCCAAGCCUUUGAGUUUGUGGGAGACGACGGCGGAACGAACAGCAGCAUGAUCGCCAUCGACAACAAGAUAGAGCAAGCCAUGGACCUGGUGAAGUCACACCUGAUGCUGGCGGUUCGAGAGGAGGUGGAGGUGCUCAGAGAGCAGAUCAAAGAGCUGUCGGAGAGAAACGCUCAGCUGGAGAGAGAAAACUACAUCCUGAGAGCGCUCCGGGACAGAGACUGAGCCAGGUGCAUCAUGGGACAUGUAGUUCAGCGUGAAAAGGGAUGGAACGGUUAAACCUGUGCCGUAUUGAGCGAUGAGUGCCUUAAAACACAGUAACAACUAAUCAAGAAAUUAUUCAAUAAUGUUGAUUUUGAUGACGCACUAAACAGUGCCUAUAUUUAUUACUGUCUGUGUGUGUGUGUGUGUGUGUGUGUGUGUGUGUGUGUGAAAGCACUGCUCACAGCUAGGUCUCUGUGUGUUGGCAUGGUUAAACCAGGACUGGUUAGGGUUUAGCUGAGUUAACUCUCUGUCUCUCUGUUAGCUGAAUAAUGCUUGAUCUGUAGUGCGUCAGUGACUGCUCUAAUAAAUAUCUCUCACAAACAUCCUCAAACACAGAUUAGGACAUCUUCUCAGAGAAUAUGUAUGUUUGAAUUAGCUUUGACUGCUUUGACUGGAAACCACGGAAGCCCAUUUUUGCUAAAAAAUAGAAAUAAAAUCUUACAAUUUAGACUUUUUUCUUGCAAUUCUGACUUUAUAUCUCAAUUGCGAGUUUAUAUAAUAAUAAAAAUAUAAUGUUUAUUUAAAAAAGUCAGAAUUUUGAGAU